AACAUCUAAAACAAACUUCCAUUUAUGGAUUCAAUUUCCAUCCAAACCCCAAUAAAUUCCUCGCCGGAGAUUUUCUCAUGGCAAGACCUCCUCUUUUACCACGACUCUCUCCCCUUCAAUUUCAACGACUCCGACGAGAUUCUCCUAACACGGGUUCUCGCCGAGGCAGCAUUGACGCCGGUCCCGGCGACCUCUGAAUCAUUGGAAAGUUUUUCAUUGCUGGAAACUAAGUUCGAAGACAUCACCUCGAUGUCGCCGGAGAAGUUGCCGGAGAAUCAGAAGAUAGGGAAGUCUUACAGGGGAGUAAGGCGUAGGCCGUGGGGGAAGUUUGCGGCUGAGAUUAGAGAUUCGACUAGGAAUGGGAUACGUGUAUGGCUAGGGACGUUUGAAAGCCCGGAAGAAGCAGCUUUGGCAUAUGAUCAGGCGGCGCUGUCGAUGAGGGGGUCGGCAGCGGUGCUGAAUUUUCCGGUGGAGAAGGUCCGGGAGUCGUUAAGGGGGUUGGAUUGUGGAAUUUCCGGUGGGUGUUCGCCGGUGAUGGCUUUAAAGAAGAAGCAUUCGAUGAGGGAGAGGAAGGAGAAAGGAGUGGUGUGUAGUAGAAAGAGAAGGGGUAAUUUGGGAAUUCCAUUGAAGAUUAAAAAAGAGAGUCAAGUGUUGGUGCUUGAGGAUUUGGGAGUUGAAUAUUUGGAGGAGCUUUUGGUCAUUUCAUCUUCAUCUGGGAAUUGUUGUUAG